AUGGAAGAAACUUACAUCGAUACUCUGGACCCUGAAAAGCUGUUACAAUGCCCCUAUGAUAAAAACCACCAGAUCAGGGCCUGCAGGUUUCCUUAUCAUCUUAUCAAGUGCAGAAAGAAUCAUCCUGAUGUCGCAAACAAACUGGCGACUUGUCCCUUCAAUGCUCGCCAUCAGGUUCCUCGGGCUGAAAUCAGUCAUCAUAUCUCAAGCUGUGAUGACAAAAGCUGUAUUGAGCAGGAUGUAGUCAACCAAACCAGGAGCCUUGGACAAGAGACUCUGGCUGAGAGCACAUGGCAGUGCCCUCCUUGCGAUGAAGACUGGGACAAAGAUUUGUGGGAACAGACCAGCACCCCAUUUGUCUGGGGCACAGCCAACUACUGUGGCAACAAUAGCCCUGCAAGCAACAUAGUUAUGGAACAUAAGAGUAACCUGGCUUCAGGCAUGCGUGUUCCCAAGUCUCUGCCAUAUGUUCUCCCAUGGAAAAACAAUGCCAGACCCUGGAAGACUCUUCUUCCUGCUACAGUGGGUUCUCCAUUUUUUUUUCUCCUAAUCUAA